GCACACAGGGACAAGGACAGAGAAGAGGAACACGUAGACGACAGACAAGUCCGCUUGUCUGUCGUCUACGUGUUCCUCUUCUCUGUCCUUGUCCCUGUGUGCGCAACUGUCACUAUGUUCAAUAACUACCAACUCGCCCAACUGUCUACUCUACUACCAGCGGAGCUUUUGAAGCAUGCUUUUAAACGCGUGCCCGCGUGGUACCGUGACGGCGGUACGCGGUACAAAUGGCUUCUCAAGUGGUCUCCUGCCUCCUUUGUCGUCCUGUGAGUCGUCGUACGAACCUGACCCAAGGAAGCAGUUUCUAUGGAACCGAUUCAGUCCUCAAGUUGCGGAGAUGAAGCUGCACUGUUGGGGAAGACCAGCUGCCCUCUGAAAGCCACUGAGGACAUCUGGUUUGGAUGCUGUACCUGCACCUACUUCACCAGAGAUCAGCGUGAAAUUGUGAGCCACUUGGUUGCCCAUGGUGAUGAACAAGUCAAGUGCCACCAUCCUUCCAUAUUUUCUUGCUCUAAGUUCAAAGUGCACUCCAACGCUCAAAAGCACGAGAGUAGUAAGCUUUUCAAAUGCCAUCUGUGCCCCCAAGCCUUUGCUCAAGAUUCCCAGCUGAGAACCCAUAAUCAAACACACAUUGGUGAAAAACCUUACAAGUGCAAGCUGUGUUCCAAAGCCUUUGCUCACAGAAGCACUCUAAUCAACCACAAGAGAACCCACAGUGGUGAAAAACCUUACAAGUGCAAGCUGUGUUCCAAAGCCUUUGCUCACAGAAGCACUCUAAUCAACCACAAGAGAACCCACAGUGGUGAAAAACCUUACAAGUGCGAUCUGUGCCCCCGAGCCUUCGCUCAUAGCGGAGGUCUGGUCUACCACAAGAGCACACACACAGGUGAAAAGCCGUUCAAAUGCAAGCUGUGCCCCCAAAAGUUUGCUUUCAAAAAGAAUCUGACGUACCACAUGAAAACGCACUCAGGUGUAAAGCCUUUCAAGUGUGAGCUUUGCCCCCAAGAGUUUACACAGAGUUCCUCUUUGAAAAGCCAUGUUCGAACACACAGUGGUGAAAAACCUUAUAAGUGCAAUCUGUGCCCCCAAGCCUUUGCUCAACAUUCCCAGCUCCAAAACCAUAAUAUAACACACAGUGGUGAAAAACUUUACAAGUGCGAGUUGUGUUCCAAAGCCUUUGCUUACAGGGGUGGUCUGAACUACCACAAGAAAACACACACAGGUGAAAAGCCAUUCAAGUGCCAACUGUGUCCCAAAGCCUUUUCCGAGAGUUUCAAUCUGAAAAAACAUAUUCAAAAAAUGCACACAGAUGAAAAACUUUACAAGUGCAAGCUAUGUUCCAAAGCCUUUGCUCGGAAGUCAGAUUUGGGACGCCAUAAUCAGACACACAAUGCUGAAAAGCCUUUUAAGCCUUUGCUUCUCAGGCCUUUGUUUCCCAAGCCUUCUCAAGCCUGUUCUCAAGCCUUUGCUAAAAAUAGCAAUCAGAUCUAUCAAAACCAAACACACACGUGAAAAGCCAUUGAAGUGCAUGCUCUGUCCCAAAUCCUUUGCUCGGAAGUGCAGUCUGACACAUCAUAAUCCCACACACAGGUGAAAAGCCGUAUUGCCGAGGCUCUUGGGUGGUCUGGGGAUGUUCAUGUUCCAGGCAGGAAGGACAAGCAUACUUUGGCCCCCUGCAUGUAGAUGGUGGUGUGUCAGGUCACACUUCCUAGGCUAGGGUACAUUGUUCGUACCGUUGGUUAUGAAUGAUGUGUAUGUAGCAGUACCAAUGUGCUUGUUUUAGUUUUGUUGUGCCGCUUCAAGAGUACAUUGACAAAAGGUGUUGAGAGCUUGGAACUGAUUUUAACACACUCAUAUUUACUGUAUUUUCACCUUCCUUUUCUUCGCUAAAAUUUUCGUAAUCACUUAUUAUACGAUACCUGCUUUACGACAUCACUUUGUAUGGUUCAGUUGGUCUAUAUAUUUUGCUAGUCUGUGUUCUUGGGCCUUACGGUUGUUCCCGUGUUGCCUGGCCCUCCGCAUCAUAAUUUGCAUACCGUAGGUGUCAUUUUAUUUCGUAUGCCUUUUGCUCGUAUUUUUGUAUAACACUGAAUAGUAGUUGGUUUCUAAGCUGUCCUAAUGGCAAACAUUCUUAUAUUUUUGUAACAAAAUGAGACGUGUCGGGCCAGCUAUCUCUCGAGGAAUACAAAUUCAGCCACGAUUUUGUUUGGGUUGCAGUGUCCCUUAAAUUGCUGCUCUUUGAGUGUUUAUUUUUGGAUUGUGUAAUACAUCUGUGAAAUAUGGCGCCAUUGCUGGCGUUUCUUUCUUUUUUUUUUUGUUACCUUGUUGUCUUCAGCAAAAUCUGCAGAUGACAAAUCUGUUAUUAGACAUAUGUUUUGCUGUUUCUCAGAAAUAAAGGUUGACAGUUCAGCUUUG